GAAGGAGAUGCGAUGUUGCUGCCACAGAAGAAGAACAGAACAGAAGCCGAACAAAAAGAAAAGGACGGCUCUUUCCAAGGGUCAAAGGCUCAGAGCGGGGGGGAGUUGCCGCGCCGGCUUCGAUUCGAUCCUCGAGCAAGAUCGAGCGUCCUCGCUUGGGGUUGGAGACUCCCGGGAUCCGUCCCUCUGCGCGCCCCGGGUCUUAGCAGUUUCCACUGUCACAGCAGAAAUCAUUUAUCUUGGGAGCAAAAUUGUGUAACAGGGAACCAGAAAGCUUUGUCGGUUUAUCCUAAGUGAUCCUAUUGAGUUGUCAUUAGAGCAGUGACUGCAUACUGGUGCAAUUUUCUCCAUGUUUUGGGGCGCAGAAGGUCAAAGAUUUUCUAUCUUGUACGUCAGUAAGCCACGAAUCCCACGAUCUUGGUGAAUAUCGUUUGUUCCCAUCUACCCUUCUCUAUAAAUAGACCGUUGUAAAGGCAGGGCACUGUGGACCUGGUAUACCCUAUUUGUUUCUCUCUCACUCUAUAUAUAGACUGAUAUAAUGGACGAGAGGAGAAAUAUUUUGAUGGACCGUUAUGAAAUUGGGAGGCAGUUAGGACAAGGAAACUUUGCCAAGGUAUAUUAUGCUCGAAACCUAACUAGCGGGCAGGCUGUUGCAAUAAAGAUAAUUGAUAAGGACAAGGUCACGAGGGUUGGGCUGAUAGUGCAGAUAAAGAGGGAGAUUUCAAUAAUGAGACUGGUAAGACAUCCAAAUGUUCUGCAACUUUUUGAAGUAAUGGCUAGCAAGAGCAAGAUUUACUUCGUUUUGGAGUAUGCUAAAGGUGGUGAGCUGUUCAACAAAAUAUCCAAGGGAAAGUUCAGUGAGGAUGUUGCUAGGAGGUAUUUCCACCAAUUGAUCAGUGCGGUGGAGUACUGCCACAGCCGAGGUGUUUACCAUCGUGAUCUGAAGCCAGAAAACCUACUCCUAGAUGAUAAUGACAACCUAAAAGUCUCAGAUUUCGGUCUAAGUGCCUUAGCUGAAUCCAAACGACAAGAUGGCCUCCUCCAUACCACUUGUGGAACUCCAGCUUACGUUGCUCCUGAAGUGCUUAGUAGGAGAGGCUACGAUGGCUCAAAGGCUGACAUAUGGUCUUGUGGAGUAAUUCUUUUUGUGCUUGUGGCUGGUUACCUUCCGUUCCAUGACCCAAAUCUUAUUGAGCUGUAUAGGAAGAUUUCGAAAGCAGAGUACAGAUGCCCUCGUUCCUUUUCUGUUGAACUGAAGGACCUGCUUUUUAGAAUGCUUGAUCCAGAUCCAAGUACUAGAAUACCUAUUUCAAGGAUAAAGAGAAGCACUUGGUACAGGAAACCCUUUGAGUUAAACCCUCCAAAGGUGAAGCACGACACAGCAAGAGACAAGGUGUGUAAUGGUGAAGCCACAACCUCUAACUCAAGAGAAUGCAGUAAUUCGGAGGAAAAUCAAGUGUUACAAAACCUCCCUAACAUGAAUGCAUUUGAUAUCAUUUCCCUUUCGACUGGAUUUGACCUGUCCAAUUUAUUUGAAGAAAAAUAUGGCCGGAAGGAAGAGAGAUUUACCACUAGGCAGCCAGCAGAAACAGUAUUUGCUAAGCUACAUGAACUGGCUGAGCGGUUAAAGCUCAAAAUUAAGAAGAAAGAUAAUGGGGUCUUGAAACUGGCUGCGCCAAAGGAAGGAAUAAAGGGAUUUCUUGAGCUCGAUGCAGAGAUUUUUGAGCUUGCUCCUUCUUUCCUUUUAGUUGAGUUGAAGAAGACCAAUGGGGACACAAUAGAGUAUAAAAAGCUCGUGAAAGAUGAAAUAAGGCCUGCACUGAAGGAUAUGGUCUGGGCAUGGCAAAGCGAUCGGCACCAGCAGCAAGAGCAAAUUAUGCAAGGAGAGCAGCAGCAGUCACCUUUGCCACCAGGCCCACCACAGCAGUAGCCACACCAACAGGACUGAUUGUGGAGCUCUUUGAUAGCACAAAAUGACAAAAUGCAGAGGACAAGCUGCAACCAUCGUUGCAGUCACAAGGCUAAAUGUACUCUCGGACCACUGUUGCUGCCACAUGAACCACACAACAAGUUUAAACUAAGCCUCGUCAGAUUACCACGGCAUCAGCUGCAGGACUACCUCCAAUGGCCAGAGUGAUGAUUCAUCGACAUACAUGUGAUUGGAUAUUCAGGUUACCCUGUUCUAGGCUCUACAUUGCCUACCAUUUGGCAUUUUCCCUUCUACGUAUCUCCUCGAAUCCCUUUGUUUCUUGUAUAUGCCACCUUUGUUACAAAUGUAGAAUCACUAUACCUGGCUUCAAUUUUGAAAACUUGUUUGGACUACAGAAUUUUGUUACUCGGUGUUAAAAGUUGAUUAAUCAUAAAGAGAUCUUUGCAUGUAA